AUGGAGCCUUGGUUCAAGCUAAAUAAGGAAAGCUCGUCGCCUCCCAUUGAUGCAACUAAAUAUCGUAGUCUCAUUGGCAGCCUGCGCUAUCUAGUGCACACUCGACCAGACAUUGCCUUCUCCAUCAGAAAUGUGAGCCGCUUCAUGGAAUCGCUAUCGACCGAGCACCUUGCUACUGUGAAGAGGGUGCUCAUGUACUUGGCUGGAACCCUAGAUUUUGGGUGCCGGUUUGCAAGAAUGACAGACGAACCAUGGUUGAUUGGCCAUAGCGACAGCAACAUGGACACACACAAGAGCAUGACUGGAGUACUGUUCUUCUUUGGCCCGAGCCAGGUCAGUUUGCAGUCGCAGAAGCAGAAGGUUGUAGCUCUUUCUUCAUGCGAAGCAGAAUAUAUCGCGGUGGCAUUGGCAGCAUGCCAAGGUUUUUGGCUCACACCUCUGCUCAGCGUGCUGAAGGAUGAAGAACCGCAACCUGUUGAGCUACGGGUGGACAACAAGUCUGCUAUCUGA